AUGAUGGUGAUGAAUACUUGCCAAUUAGUAAUAUUUUAUGAAUAUAUACUACUAAUAUUAUACACACAGUGGAUAGUGUGUAAGAUAAAUGAACAAAUUCUUGAAAUAAGGUCGUGCUUAACUACAUUCAGAGAUAUGUAUUUGGAAGUUGUAGAAUGCUUAAACGAUGUCAAUAAAUCAAUAUAUGGUUUGCCGGCUAUAGUUGCUUUUAUUGCAGCAAAUGUCGGCAACAUAAUUAUUAUCAUAUUUGGUCGUAUAUUAUUCCCUAGAGACUAUGACCAUCAUGACCGGAUUCGUAAAAUUUCUGUCUUAGGAUUAUUACUGAGUACAACUAAUGUUCUAACAUUAUACAUGAUUGGUCACGCCACGGAAAAGGAGAUAAAUCGGAUGAGUAUAGUCUUACAUCAACGAUCCGUAAUCGAAAGAAAUCCUAGGAUUAAACGUCAGAUCAAGUUUUUUGUACUACGGAGAUUGCACGAACACUUCCAUUUUAAGUUGUAUGGAUUGUUUCAUAUCAAUCUAAGACAACUACUUAUCCUUUCAAACGGUGCUAUUGGUUAUCUAGUAACUCAAAUUUUGUUCAAUUUAAAUAAGUAA